UUUCAACAAACGUUGGUUGAAUGUCGACAAUGAAAAAGAUUACUAUACCGUGUUCGAAAACAGAGAAUCUAAGUGGGAUUCCAAUUGGGACAGGUGCUAGCUCAACCGCGAUUUAAAUUAUAUACCUGUCAGUCUAACCAUAACACAAAAAAAUAUUGCAUUUCCCACAAUGGAGACGAAAAAGCGAAGCGGUCGCCAGUCUUCAGCUAAAACGAAAAAAGAAAACAUCCAGGUGAUCGUGAGAUGUCGUCCUAUGAGUUCUAAAGAAAUAUCUAAUGGUUAUACAGAGGUUGUGAAAAUAAUCAAAGAAGAAAAUUCAGUUGCAGUUGCUGUUCCAAAAAAUGAUGAUUCUGAAUAUAAACAAUUUACAUUUGAUUCUGUUUUUGAUUGGAACUCCUCUCAAAAAGAUCUAUAUGCAAAAAUGGUUCAUCCUUUAAUUGAAUCCGUUUUAAAUGGAUUUAAUGCUACUAUAUUUGCAUAUGGUCAAACUGGAACUGGUAAGACCUAUACAAUGGAAGGUGUCAGAGAUGAAAAAUUACCUUUAACUGACCAAGAAAAUCGUGGUAUAAUACCUCGGACUUUCGAACAAAUAUUUCAAACUAUUGAACAGUCAAAUAAUAAACAAUAUUUAGUAUUUUCUUCUUAUUUGGAGAUAUACCAGGAAGAAGUUCGUGAUUUAUUAGAAGCAAAAUCUAAAGGAAAAUGUGAACUUCGUGAAGACAAAGAUGUUGGCGUUUAUGUAAAUAAUUUAAACAAAUAUAUUUGUAAAAAUGUUCAAGAAAUGUUAAAAGUUAUGCAAGAAGGUAACAAAAAUCGAACUAUUGGUGCAACUGAUAUGAAUGAGCAUAGCUCUAGAAGCCAUGCUAUUUUUACAGUAACUGUUGAAAUUAAAAGUUCUACUGAACGUAUUAGAGUUGGAAAGUUGAAUCUCGUUGAUUUGGCUGGUAGUGAAAGGCAAAGCAAAAGUGGAGCUACUGGUCAACGACUUAAAGAAGCUGGAAAAAUUAAUCUUUCAUUGUCUACUCUGGGAAAUGUUAUACAUGCUCUUGUUGAAGAAAGUUCUUCACAUAUACCAUAUAGAGAUUCAAAGCUUACAAGACUAUUACAAGAUUCAUUAGGAGGAAAUUCUAAAACACUAAUGAUAGCUAAUAUUGGACCAGCCAGUUAUAACUGGGAUGAAACACUCACUACUUUACGUUAUGCAAACAGAGCAAAAAAUAUACAUAAUGCACCACGUGUUAAUGAAGAUCCCAAGGAUGCUUUAAUUAGACAAUAUCAAGAUGAAAUAUCCAAAUUACGAAAUAUUUUAAAUGAAAAGUCGUCAAAAAAAGUAACUAAAAAAGAAAAAAACUAUGAUGUAGAAAAUCUUCAAGAACAUACAAAAUUUUUAGAAAAACAGCAGCAAGAUCUAAAUGAAAAGCGCAAUAACAUUUUAGAAAAUAAAGACAAUCUUUCAACUGAUGAUCAAAAUAGGAUGUUGUAUGAUAUAGAAUUAGAAAAGGCAAAAGUUGCUGAAGAAAUGGAUUUUAUGGCUUCAUUGAUUACUCGUAUUCAAUCCAUGGAAAGUAGCCUAUUAAGAGGAGGUAAAUCAAUUACAGAUCAUUUAUAUGAGCAACAAAGUCAAAUUGAUAAGCGCAAUAAAGAGAUUCAAGAAGAAAUAAGAAUGGAACAGGAACUAGCCAAAAACUUAGAAGAAAUCGCUGGCUAUACAGAGUCAAUUCGAGAAACCUAUUCAACAUUACUGGAAGAAGUAGAAUCUAAACAAGCUAAAUUUGAUAAGUUGAUGGGUCUUUAUCAAAGUCUUAAAGGUGAAUUAAAAGUAAAAGAAGAAGAAUACUCCAAACAAAGAAGAGAUAUUGAAUCUAAUCAAGAAGCCAUGACUCGUCAACUUAAACUUGGCAAUAUAAUAAUGUCAAAUUUUAUACCUCAAGAUGAACUUCAAAAUGUUAAAGAUAGACUAUAUUAUGAUGAUGAUACUAAUGAAUGGCGUAUGGUUAGUAAUCAAUUAGAAGGACAUACUCGGGGAUGCAUAAAUGGUGUGAUUAAUAACAGAAGAAAUGAAAAUUUGAUAACAUUGAAUUUACUUACACUUGAACAUAAACUAGAAGAAUAUAAGAAACCAGAAAUUUCCCCUUCAUUAUUAUCAAUGCUUGACGAAGCAUUGAAAGUUGAGGAUGACUUACAAGUUGAUGCAUCUAUUGCUGAACGGCCAAAGAAUAUUCGAAGUGCUGUUGGACCAAAAAUUAAACCUUCUUCAAAUAAAAACUAUCCAAAAGCACGAGGCUUAAUACCAAAAUAAAACAUUUGCUGGACACUUGAAUUUGUGCACCAAAUAAUGUUGUUAAUAUUAUAUUUCAAUACUAACAACUUCUAUAAUAAGACUGCAUUACAAAAUGUACAUUCUGCUCACUAAGAUUGUUUUAUAGUUAAGUAUUUAUUGCUUUUAUAUCAACUUUCACAUUCCUAGUCACUUAAAAGAAAAAUUUAUUUUGUUUUAGUAACCUAUUUUAUAUUAAUAAUUUGCUUUAUAAUCUCAAUUGUUUUUUUAUAAGCUUCUCGCAAAAGAAGUGCUAAUCAAAACUAACAUAGUCAUAUUGUCUAGUCUUUCUGCACUAUGAAUGACAUAAUAAAUUAUAUUUCUUAUAACCCUU